AUGCUCCCGGGGCUGGCCUUGCUCUCCCGGGGUCCGCCCAGGGCUUCUUCGCGCCAGGAGCCAGGCUUCACGCACCGGGGGCCGUUGGGUGAGUGUGUGGGUGCUGAGGCUGGAGAGGGGAUGGAUGGUUGUUGGCAUGGAACAGAGUGGGGGUCUGUGGGCCGUCCUGGUCAGAGUGGGGGUCUGUGGGCAGUCGUGGUGAGGUGGUGGGUGGUCUGGAUCCCUCAUGUGCUGAGCUCCUGCAGUGGGGGGCAGCUCUCCUGUGUCAAUGAGAACGUCAACAGCUGA